UUUCACUUUAAAGAUACAACCUUCAAAAAGAAAUUUUCCUGAUGAAACUUUCAAUCAACUACACAUCGAUCUUAGCCUACAGAGCUUACUUCAGUUCCUACAUGUAGAGUCCCCAAGUUGAGAGCAAGAUAAGAGUGACUUUGGCAAUGAGAUAGGAUUAGUAAGAGUGAGAUAAUACUCCAUUGUCACAUAACGUGGCAAGAGCUGAUAACACAUUGCCACAGGUGUUGUGUGGCCAGCUGUGACGGCUAGCAGGUUCCACAAUAAAAUGACAAUAAACGCUGUGAUUUUGCUCACAACACUCCUUAUGGUGGUGUAUACUGUCAAUACUGCCAGAAUCUUGGCACUAUUGCCUAUAGGAGCCAAGAGCCAUCACAGGUUUAUGCAGCCAGUGGCCAUAACGUUGGCCCGUGCUGGGCAUGAAGUUGUCCUCUACAGUCCGUUUCCUACACUGUUGGACGACCAGCCAGCGAACCUGACCCACGUUCUAGUCAGUAACGUGCAAGUGGUGGACCAGAGUGAAGAUAUGCAAAAGUUUAUUCAAACCAUCACUGAAUUUCCAUUCUGGAAGUGCUUGGACCUGCAGUGGGAGUUCUCCUACAACUUCUACCAGGAAGUCAUGGGCGAUGAGAAGAUAAAACAACUCUACAACUCAAACGAAAAAUUUGACUUGAUACUAACAGAAACCUUUACCGGUCAGGAGUUCACUCUUAUUUUGUCAAAGAAGUUCAACGCGCCAGUCAUCGGAAUUCAAGCGUUCCCUACUAACAACAUAGCAAACAGUUUCCUAGGGAAUUCGUUAUCCCUGAGUCACAUCCCGGAUACUUGCACAGUUUUCUCCAACAAGAUGACGUUUGUAGAGAGACUGUUGAAUGUUUUCGCCAGCGUGAGAGGACUUUACUACCAUUAUAAUUACUACAUCCCCAAUCUAGAGGCGUUGAUGAGGCAGGACCUCCCUGACGCUCCUUCAGUGGCAGAGUUGGCAGGUUCAGUGUCGUUGAUGUUUAUCAAUGAUCAUUUGACAGCGGAGUACGCUCACCCGAGAACACCCAACAUGAUACCUGUUGCUGGGUUGCAUAUUGCACCACCAAAACCAUUGCCAAAGGACAUUCAAAGGUUUAUGGACGAAGCAACGGAUGGUGUUAUUUUCUACAGUCUUGGAACAUAUGUUUUGGAUGAACUCCAGCCUAAGGAAUAUUUCGAUAUGCACAACCAAGUCUUCAGUAAGCUGAAACAGAGGGUACUAUGGAAAACAAGGAAAGAGGGAAUACAAGGGUUGCCACCCAACGUAAUGACUGUGAAAUGGGCUCCACAACAAGACAUUUUGGGCCACCCAAAAUGUGUGUUAUUUAUAACCCAUGGGGGUCAGCUCAGUAAAGUGGAAGCUCUCCACUUUGGCGUUCCCGUUGUUUCCAUUGCUCAGUUCUACGACCAACACCAGAACUCAGAGUUUUACGUCCAAAAAGGGGUCGGAGUGAAGAUAGCUAGGACGGAUGUAUCAGGGGAAACCAUGUCAGCCGCGAUACGAGAGGUUCUUGGCAAAAGAAGUUACAGAGACAACAUGAAGAAGUUGUCCACGGUAUUCAGAGAUCGGCCGAUGUCUCCUGCGGAGUCUGUCGUGUUCUGGACGGAGUACGUGUUGAGACACGGCGGAGCUCCGCAUCUGAGGCCAGCCUCUACUGAGCUGCGAUGGUAUCAGCUUAUACAGUUGUAUACAAUAGUUGACACUUCUUGUACAGUUCACUUCUUGUACAGUUACAGAGACAACAUGAAGAAGUUGUCCGCGGUAUUCAGAGAUCGGCCGAUGUCUCCUGCGGAGUCUGUCGUGUUCUGGACGGAGUACGUGUUGAGACACGGCGGAGCUCCACAUCUGAGGCCAGCCUCUACUGAGCUGCGAUGGUAUCAGCUAAUACUACUGGAUUUAAUAAUAACUGUCAUCUUUGUAAUAAGCACAGUAAUGAUUCUAGUAUAUACAUUGGCUAAGAGGUUAUUAAAUGUGUUCACAGUUAAAAGUAUUAAGUCAAAGAAGAAAAUAAACUAAUCUCCUAAUUUGAA